CGGCCCUCCAGAUGUUUUGGACUACAAUUCCCAUCUUCCCCGACCACUGGUCCUGUUAGCUAGGGAUCAUGGGAGUUGUAGGCCAAAACAUCUGGAGGGCCACAGUUUGGGGGUGCCUGAACUAGAUGAACCUAGGAGUCCCUUCCAACUCUACAAUUCUAUGACAGGGAGGGAGAUGUACGACAGGUUUGUACCAGCCCCAGAUAAAGGAUGCAGUAGAAUUGCAUCCGCUGUGGAAUUGUGUUGCAUGCCUCCAGACUGAAGGUAAGGGGCACUUUUUGCAUGUCUGUACUAGUCCCACAUUAAAUCUGUGGGUUUUUAAAAGUCCUCCCAAAGUACAUAUUUAAAAGGGUGCGUUAUUGCUGUUUAGAUGCAUAUAUUGAUAUGUUUAACCUGCCAAGCAAUGGCGCAGUGUCUCUCAGAAUGUGGAGAAGUGCAGUGUUUGGUUGAUAGUGAAGUUAGUCCAAGAGGUGCAGGUCUGGCCACUGGUUGUAGGAGCAUGCAGAGAUCAAAUUGUUCAAAGCAUCCUUACUCCACACACCAUUCCUUCUCAAAUUAGGAGGCUCCCAACGGAAUGUCUACAUGCAGGGGCAGUUCAUUGCAUUUCACCUCUUUAGGCAAACUGGGAAGUUCUGUCCUGUCGUGCCACCGCUGCUCCCACCGUCACCAUACCUGCUGUCUAUACCGCCCACUCUGCUGCUAUGUUCACCUUGUGCUCUGCCACAUGUGCCACUGCCAGAGAAGCGCUGCCACCAUUGGUGCUGAUUUCAGGCAAGAUCUCUCCAUCUUUGGGUGAGAUCUUGCUUUGGGUGAGAUCUUGCUCCAUAUCGAUUCUGAUGCUGGCGCUGCUUCUCUGCCACUGGUGUGUACCCACCAGGGGGGUGCCAGCUCAAGGGCUUCUGCUGCCCGAGGCAGUGGCCUUAUCCUGCCUAAUGGCUGGGCCGGCCCUGUCUACUUGUGUGUGGCUGUUGUGCUCUCAAGAUCUGCCUGAGGAUGCUGUCAAGGGAGGCAAGAAUAGUAACCUCUUGUAAUAAGCUUGGGUCCCACUAAGUACUUCAGCUCUUCUCCAGGGAAGAGAUAAAAGACGAAUUAUGCCACGUCUUAUCAUUGCUCAGCUCACCCUGUUUUUUUCUUCCUGGCACAAUUGCCUACUGCCCUGGCUUCAGCCCCCUUAGGAUGAACCAAAUGUUAAGAUGUAUUUGUAGGCGCUGGGAACAUGCCAAAGUAAUCUUAAGUGUUUCGUUCCUCACCAUACAUCAAAGCCAUCACUUGCAAAGUAUUGUAUGGUGCAACACGGUUUUAAUAGGGCUUCAUCUGAACAUAUGUUACUUUUGAUUUUGGAGUAGAAACUCAGAAUUCAGGCAGAGUUCUGCUCCCCUCCGCCCCCGCCUAAAUUAGAUGCAACGUUAGUUCAAAAACCCACCUAUUCUUAUACUAUUCAACAGGAAUAUUUUGCCUUGCUUUUUAUCCCUUGACACCAUUCAUUCAUACAUGCUUGUUGCUUUCCCCCCUCCUGAAUUUGUCAUGAAUCCUGCCCUCCCACCCCAAUCAGGGAUCACACUAAAACGCUGGCAUGUUUAUGUCACUUCAUCACCAUGAGUUAGGCUUGGCUCAUAAUGUACAUGUCUCUGAAGGCAGCAAAGAAUGAAUAAGUGAAUGUUUUAUAAGUAGUUUGAGCUCAUUUCAGCUCUUUUGCAGAAUGUACCUUGAACACUGAGGUUGUUUUAUUUAUCACUCUUAAGGAUAUAUAUGUGAAUUGCAGAGGGUGGGGAGCCUUAAGGGGGCAGAGCAAAGUGUUAUACAAGUUCCACAUACUGAAGUGCUCUUCAUUUGUGCAACCAUGGAUCUUCUUUCCUGGACCACGUUCUACAAGUGUUCCUCUGGACAACACCACACAUUACAUGCCAAACCUCCCCUCCCCUCUCCCAUGGCAGAAUUGGGUGAGUUUUAGCCAAACUCUUUUCAUGUCCCUUGAAAAUUCUCGCAUGUUUUGCCCAAGCAACAGCAUCUACAUUCGCCUCCAAAUUUCACUUUCAGCGAAAUGGGGGAUGGCAAAACACGAGAUGCCAUCCUAUUAUGCCUGGGAUAUCCAUCCAUCAGUUGGGCACAUGCAGUCUGAGAGAGACUGGCAGAGAAAUCAAAAACAGAGCCUCUUUUCUUCUCUCUGGUCUCAUUUUUCUGCGGCCACACUGCUUGCACAUGCACACACACACACUUUAAAUCCCUUGAAUGGAUAGGGCAGAAGCUACGGCUUUGGGAUUAGUGUAUGUGCAGGAUUUAGCAUUUCAAGCAAACAUGUGUUGCUCAAGCUGGAUUGCGGAUUGCUUUUUCUCUUCCUCCUCUCGCUGGAUUGAAAACGUUCCUCUAAAGAUGCUGAUUAAGCAGUUCAAACUCGAGCAAGAAGGCAAGAAGAUGGUUUAAAAAGGACACCUUUUGAUUUGGUACGUACAGUCAUCGUCGUCAUCUUCUUUUUAAAGUAUACAACAGUAUAACAAUAGAGGACGAGACUCUCAGCUGCCUGGAUGGAUUUGAAGUGGCGUUCGGAGCCCUCUAUGGCCCUGGCAAGGAGCAGAAGGAACCUCUCACCGAAAGUGCAAAAGCGGGCAUAGGAAAUUCAUUAGGAUUUCAAGUGCUCUCUCAGUGCAGGAUGCAUGCAAGGUUGGACUCUGAGCGGUCAGAAGGGGAAGCAGGAUGCAGAAGAGGCAGCCGUGGUUUGAAGUAACAGCACCCAGAGCUCACCGUCAACCAGUGACGAUGGGAGGAAAUCUAACGCCAUGAAUCAGAGGCCUUCCUUUCCCAUCACCCCAACUGCCGCGUUGCCUCUCAGGGGACAAAUAAGAAUGGAGGCAUCUCACCUUCCACCCCAACAACGUCUUAAGUGAGAUCUUAAUUUUUAUUUUUAUUUAUUUUUUUGAGCACCUCAAAGUGCUAAUGACUUAGAUUAGCAAGAAAACAAUCUCGGAGUUUGUCUUCCAGCCUCGUGGAAGGACAGAGGGAGGCUGGAGACUGAAGCUGAGAAAUUGGCUGUGACUGAAAAUAGCCUAGAACGACGUCUGACUUUUAAUUCACAAGUAGAAUUUAGCAGUCUGAGGGUUGGGUUUUCUUUUUUUCUUUUUUUCCUUUUUAUGCUUUAUAUUUUUGUACGUGCCCUUCCACCAGGACCUUGUAGUUGCCUGAUCUGAGCCUCCUGGAUGUGAGGCAGGAAAAAAAACAAAACCCUUUGCUCUGAACACAGAAGCGGCCUUGUCCUCCAAAAUGGAACUCUCCAGAAGUCCUUUGUUCCAGAACAAGUUUUCGGUUGCCCGCCUGGCAGAGGAGUUUUUCUGGAUCGGAGGCAGCAUAGUAGCCACUCCCAAAUGGAAAAUGGGCCAGAUGGUGGAAAAAUGUAUGAGUUCCAUGCAAGCCGGUACUCAGAUGAUCAAACUCCGAGGCAGUUCCAAAGGUCUUGUUCGCUUCUACUACCUGGACGAGCACAAGUCAUGCAUCCGCUGGAGGCCCUCGCGAAAGAACGAGAAAGCCAAAAUCUCCAUCGAUUCGAUCCAGGAGGUCUGUGAAGGAAAACAGUCGGAGAUCUUCCAGCGCUAUGCGGACGGCAGCUUUGACCCCAACUGCUGCUUCAGUAUCUACUAUGGAGACCACAUGGAGUCUCUUGACUUGGUGUCAUCCAGCGCAGGAGAAGCUCGGACGUGGAUCACUGGCCUGAAGUAUUUGAUGGCUGGGAUUAGCGAUGAAGACAGCCUGUCAAAGCGCCAGAGGACUAGAGAUCAGUGGUUGAAGCAAACCUUCGACGAAGCGGACAAAAAUGGUGAUGGCAGCCUGAGCAUCAACGAGGUGCUCCAGCUGAUGCAUAAGUUGAACGUCAACCUACCAAGGCAGAAAGUCAAGCAGAUGUUCAAGGAGGCAGACACAGAUGACAACCAAGGAACUUUGGACUUUGAAGAGUUCUGCGCCUUCUAUAAGAUGAUGUCGACCCGCCGGGACCUGUAUCUCCUCAUGCUCACCUACAGCAACCACAAGGACUAUUUGGAUACGGAUGACCUCAAACGCUUCCUUGACACGGAGCAAAAGAUGAUUAAUGUGACCAAGGAUCAUUGCCUGGAGAUUAUCAAUCAAUUUGAACCAUGUCCAGAGAACAAGGAACAAGGAGCCCUUGGAAUUGACGGGUUCACCAACUACAUGCGCAGCCCGGCUGGGGAUAUCUUCAACCCAGAGCACUACCAAGUCAACCAGGACAUGACUUGCCCUUUGAGUCACUACUUCAUCACCUCCUCUCAUAACACCUACCUCAUGGGGGACCAGCUGAUGUCUCAGUCCAGAGUGGACAUGUACUCUUGGGUUCUGCAGUCUGGAUGUCGUUGCGUUGAAGUUGACUGCUGGGAUGGGCCAGAUGGUGAGCCUAUCGUCCACCAUGGCUACACCCUCACCUCCAAGAUCCUUUUUAAAGAUGUGAUUGAGACCAUAAACAAAUAUGCCUUCAUCAAGAGCGAGUAUCCUGUCAUUUUGUCCAUCGAGAACCACUGCAGUGUGGGCCAGCAGAAGAAGAUGGCCCAGUAUCUUAUUGAAAUCCUGGGGGACAAACUGGACCUGUCUUCCGUGAGCAAUGAAGAUCCCACAAAGUUGCCUUCCCCAGAAAAUCUGAAAGGGAAAAUACUAGUCAAGGGGAAGAAACUUCCAGCUAACAUUAGCGAAGAUGUAGAGGAAGGAGAAGUGUCUGAUGAGGACAGCGCCGAUGAGAUGGAAGAUGAUUGUAAACUGAUGAAUGGAGACGCCUCGACCAAUCGGAAGCGAGUGGAGAACAUUGCGAAGAAGAAGCUGGACUCUCUGAUCAAGGAAUCCAAAAUCCGCGACUGCGAAGACCCAAAUAAUUUCACAGUUACCACCAUGACACCCUCUGGGAAACUGGGUAACAAGCAUGAUUUCAAGAAGAACAAACAUGAGGAGGAUGUGGAAUCCGGGGAGGAUGCUGUCAUCAACAAACGGCACAACCGAUCGCUGAUGGGGAGUUUUUCCAAACGCAAGAAAAAAGGAAGCAAACUGAAAAGGGCAUCAAGUCUGGAAGAGGGUGAAGAUGACCUUGACUGUCAAGGGAACUUAGCCAGAGGCUCGGUACAUUACAGCAAAACAAACCGACAGAAGAAAACCAUGAAAUUAUCCCGAGCACUCUCAGACCUGGUGAAAUACACUAAAUCCGUUGGGAUCCACGACGUAGAAUCUGAAGUCUCUUCCAGUUGGCAAGUCUCCUCUUUCAGCGAAACGAAAGCUCACCAGAUCCUCCAGCAAAAGCCGGCCCAGUAUCUGCGCUUCAACCAACACCAGCUGUCGCGAAUCUACCCUUCCUCCUACCGCGUGGACUCCAGUAAUUACAACCCUCAGCCCUUCUGGAAUGCUGGGUGCCAAUUGGUUGCUCUAAACUACCAGUCAGAGGGGAGAAUGCUUCAGUUGAACCGCGCCAAGUUCAGUGCCAAUGGAAACUGUGGCUACGUCCUCAAACCCAAGUGUAUGUGUCAAGGGAUCUUCAACCCAAAUUCCGAAGACCCACUGCUUGGCCAGAUGAAGAAGCAGCUUGUGUUACGAAUCAUCAGCGGGCAACAGCUUCCCAAGCCCAAGGACUCCAUGCUGGGAGACAGAGGAGAGAUAAUAGAUCCAUUUGUGGAAGUGGAAGUAAUCGGAUUGCCUGUGGACUGCUGUAAAGAGCAGACAAGAGUCGUGGAUGACAAUGGUUUCAAUCCAAUGUGGGAAGAAACUCUGGUGUUCCCUAUUUGCAUGCCAGAAAUCGCCCUGAUUCGGUUCUUGGUGUGGGAUCAUGACCCUAUCGGGAGGGAUUUCAUCGGACAGAGGACAAUAUCGUUUACAAGCAUGAUGCCAGGCUAUCGGCAUGUCUACCUGGAAGGCAUGGAGGAGGCGUCCAUCUUUGUUCAUGUAGCUAUCAAUGAGAUAUGUGGUAAGGCCAAGCAGGCUCUGGGCUUAAAAGGCCUGUUUCUCAGAAAUCCAAAGCAGGCCUCUCUAGACAGUCAUGCUGCUGGCCAACUCAACCGCAAACACUCCUUUAGCAGCCACAUUUUACGGCGGACUGCCAGCGCGCCCACCAAGACCCAGAAGAAAACCAAAAAGGGCUUCCCCGAGAUUGCAAUCGACACCAAAGACCACGGCUCCCAAGGGGACGGCGAGGACCGCGAACUGGAGGACUCCUCCCUCCCUCGUUUCGACCAAGAGCCCGAAUGCGGGUCCCCGGCACCCUCUCUCGGAGACGGUGUCCACAGGGAGGCUCAAGGCAAAGGGUUGAAAGGUAAGGCUCAGAGUUUCGGCAAAGGCGAAAGCCGCGCGCAAAGGGACGCGACCUUCAGCGAGCCCGUCCGGAGGUCCAACCGGGUCCGCCUGCAGGAGCCUCCUAGCGAGAAGCAGGGCGUCUUUGCCCGCUGCGCCAUCAAUGGAUCGGGUAGGAUCGGCAUGGCCACCAACUGCAUGAAGUGCAUGAUAGGCCUGAACGAGAGCCCCGAUUUAGAGUGCAAGUGGAGCGACCACGGCGACGCUCGGCCCGCCCCCAACGACGCUUCGCACUGUAAUGAGUACGGCAGCCUGGCAGGAGGCGAGGAGAGGUUAGAGCUUAAAAGCUGGGGGGUCCAGGAGCAGCAGCCCAGGCCACAGCAGCCAGACCUGCGCCUGUGCAAGGCUGGCGCCGAUAACCUGCCCAGGACCUGCCAGCCCUUUGCGACCUCAGGGAAGAAAAACAGUGACUCCAAAUGUCACGGGGCGAAAGGCCAUUCCCGGCAGAGGUGGCAGGCCCAGCCUGGUGGCAAAUAUGGAAGCACGGUCAACCUGGUCACCACCAGCAAUGGCUCCAUGUCCUCCAGCUCCAGCAGCUUAGAGAGCCUCGGAAGCCCUGACUUCCCCAAACGUUUGUCCGAGACCUCCAGAAAACAGGCGGGCACCCUUCAGAGGGAAAUGAAUGCCUUGUUUGCUGAGAAACUGGAGGAAAUUCGAAGUAAAUCCCCUAUAUUCUUUACUGAUGUCCGCCAAUUCUCAAUGCAGAGGUCAGUCACUUCAUUAUGUAGCCUGGAGACCAUCAGUGAAGAGCCCUUUGUUGCCAAUGAGGACCAGCCUGCUCCUUUUUGCCUUUCUCUGCCCACUACUGCUCCUGCUAGCGAUCCCAAUGAAGGGUCUGUGCCUGAGAAUUCCCGUGACCCAUCAGAUCCGCUUCAGAGAGUUCCUCUUCCGCAGCGCACGGUGGUGGUUUCGGAGGACAGAAGGUCCCUUGCUCCCAGCCCAACCAUCACAAGUAUUCUGGGACCAAAAAACGUUAGGAGAAACGAGAAACAAGGAAGUGAUGGAGGUCAGGCUGGUUCACAAACUCAGGACGAUGUAGCGUUGGCCAACCUUGGGCCUCAUUCUACCCAUGGUUGCCAGAAGAAGAGAGAUGGCAUGGCUGAAGAACUGAUGAAUGUUGAGAGAGUGGACGAGAAGGCCAGCAAUGCAGCUAGGCAACCGCAACAAUGCAACGUGGAGAGCAGCACGCUAGCUUCACCUCGAGAUUUUCCCCAAGUAACUCAAGGUGCCGCAGUCCCCUCCACGCCACAUGUGAUAGUGAGGAGGUCGAAAAGCGAAGGGCAGAACCUUUGUGACUGCUCGGUUCCAAUGAGGUCCCCUGGUGGCUUCUCACCAGCAGCUGCAGUGUACUCUGAUGCCACAGUGAAUGACCGUAUCUGGAGCAAGCUGGACUCCAGCAGUCACAGGGACAGCAUGUCUUCCUCUUCCAGCAUGUCCUCCAACGAUACGGUCAUAGACCUCUCCUUGCCCAACCUCACCCGCAAAAGCCUCCCAGACCUUGGAAUCCAGCAUGAGAACUUCAGAGUCAUCCCCGAGAGGAGAGGCGCACGCCCGUGGUCCGCGAGUGCCGCUUCCAGGAGUGAAAUGCCCAUGGUGACCAAGAGCAAAUCCAAUCCCAACUUGAGGUCAGGCCAACCCACAGAGGAUGAGCUGCGCCCUAGACCGCUAGCCAAGGGUCUCGAGCUAGGGUUGCCAUCCCUACCCAGAAGGCACACCUGGAGCCGGUUGUAUAUGGAGAGCCUCAAGCAGUCCUGCCUGAAGCCAAAAGGCCAGGAGAGCGACCAGGCCAAAUCGAAAAGCCUUGGUGACCUGACCUCGGAUGACAUCACGUCCGUCUUCGAGGGCAAGUACCGCAGCAUCAGCCGGAGCUUCAUCACCCGGUCGAUGAGGGAGCAGCGGCACUGUGCGGCAGCCAGGUCCUCGGCAAAACCCCUGGACCCUCUCACAGAGCGCCUGAAGAAGCUAACCACCUUCCAGCAGGAGAAUGACAUCUCUUCCCCUACCAGCCUCGAGCCAAUUGAGUCCGAGGAGGAAGAGGAAGGGGUGGGCCUCCUCCGAAGGUCUUCAUCCAGGAGCCAGAGCAGAGUGAGGUACAUCGCCAACCGGGCCAAGCAGGCACAGGAGAGGCAGAGGCUGAAGAGCCUGGCGCUGAACAAGGGGAGCCCCAUUGAGGAGCGAGGGAACCCCGAAGGGGCCUGCUGCUUCACCAAAGGGGCCUGUAUGGACACGGCCUCCGCCGGCCUGUUUACAUCCCCACUCAAGAACCAAGCUGACUUGAACCGUGACACCGAAGUCGUCUUUGUUUUCAAACUCUAACGCUGGGAAGGGCUGAACAAGCUUGAUGUUUACAUUCCUAUAAGAGCAAAACCAACAAACAAACCACACACACACACACACACACACACACACACACACACACACACACAUAUUUUUAAUAAAACGCACAGGAUGCAAAGAGCCCUCGUCCGAGGAUAGCACUUCUCCCCCUCCCGCUCCCAGCCUCCAAAGGACAAUUUAUGUGUGUGGAAAAUUAUACUAAUACUAAUAAUGCAAAUUUGUAGCAUGCAAUAUGGGGAAUGGGCAACCAGAAUGUUCCUGGGGGAAGGGAAUAGAUCCUGCAAAGACCCCUCCCCCCCAUCUUCCCUGGGAAACAUGUCUGUGGAACUGCAUGACCAUUCUCUCUUCCUCUCUGAGAUCCCUCCUUUUCUUUCCUUGCUAAGGCAAGUCUUCAAUAUGCGUUCGACUUCAAGCUGAUGCCAGUUGCUGCCUUAAUCUUCCCACUGAAGCUGCUACAACAGGGUGGAACUCUAUUCAACCCAAGGGCCACAUUCCCUUCUGGGCCACGUUCCAGUGGUGGGUGGAGCAAAAGGCAAAAGUGGGUGGAGCUAGUUUACACACACACACACACACACACACACACUCAAUAACCUCAGUCUCUCCAUCCAAGCAAGAAGCAUAAGUUAAAGGGCACAUUCCAUCCAGGCAAAAAUAUUUGGGUUGCAAAGCAGAGCAAAGCGAGGGAUGUGGUCUGAGUAAAUCCUGAGGUCCAGAUAGAAAUGCCUGAGGUUCUCCACUGACUUCAGUCGCGGAAGCUAAAGCAGCAUUUGGAAUAUGCAAAAGUUUGUUCUGCACUUGUUUUUCUGUCUAGCUGAGAGUGGUGUGAAAGACCUGCUUGAUCAUUGUUGUUGUUUUUUUCCCCUGGGGGAAAUGUACUCACCGUGGGCAGCCAUGUCUUUAGCAUGUUACCUUUAACACUGUUUGGGGCGGGGCGUAUGUGAAUGCAAUGGCCUGUCUCCAGCCUUUGGGACAUAUUCCCCAGCCAUUUUGGCCUUCCUCACUUCCUGUCCCCUGCACUGCUUGCCUGUGGGAAUCUUCUGCCGAGAUGAGUCGCCGUACUGUGCUUCCUCUCCAGUGGAGGCUGGCCCAUCGGGGAAAAUCAGCCUCAGUCUGCCUUUCAGCCAGCUCUCGCCUGCAUUGCCUUCUUCCUUCCACCCGGUCCAGAGGGUAGCUGUCAGCUUCCUCUUCUUCAGUGAUGCCCCUGGUAGAUCUCAGCAGGAAGAAGGAGGAGGGGAGCAAAAAUAGUAUUAGUUGGCUUAGAUUGUCAUUGGCUCUGACCCUACCUCCCAUUGGCCUGGCAGAUAGUGCAAAUCCCCAGGGCUGUCUGUAAGUAGGAAGGCAGGUUCUGCCGGAGUGCAGACAGAGGUUAGUGAUUCAGUGCCCAAUUGCCCAAACACGUCAGCCUCCUCUGGAGCAGAGAUGGGCGACUCCACCUAACUUCCAGCCUCUCUCGCUUUUGCAUGUGUCUACUCAUAAGCCUGUCUCACGUUAACCUCUGAGAUAUACACCUAUUUUUUAAAAUCAGCAUGGAAAGUUUGCAUUCAGUUUGUUUGCUAAACAGCAUGCAUUAUUUAUUUUUUUAGAGAUACGUUUUUUUGAGCCUCUCGAAGCAUCUGUGAAGUUCAAAAGCCAGUAAGUGAACUCCUAUCUGCACAGUAGUCUGGUAGGUGCAGGUAAGGUCUCGUUCUGUGUUGGAAGUUGCGAAGACCUGCCGGCUCCAGCAUCCCUGUCGUGGGACCUUUGACGCUAUAGGAGCUGUAUAUCAGUGGCGGAGCAUCUGCUUUGAAUGCAGGAAGGCCCCGAGCUCAAUCCCCAGCAUCUCUGGUUAGGGCUGGGACAAGAGCAGAGACCCUCUGAAACGCUGGAGGGCCGCUGCCAAUCAGCAGUAGUCAAUGGGUGGACCGGUGGUUUGACUCAGUAGAAAGCAGCUUAUUAUGAUCCUGCGUCUUCAGGGAAGGGCCGUAGCUCAGUGGUAGAGCAUCUGCCUGGCAUGCAGAAGCCCCAGGUUCCAUCCCAAGCAUCUCCAAUGAAGCCUGAGACCCUGGCCGGUCAGCAUGGACCACUGUGCGAAAUGCGCCAGUGGCCUGGCUCAGUAUAAAGCGACUUCCUAUGCUGUUCUCAGUGGCGAGAUACUAAAUAAAUUGGAGUCCUUGAGAGUUGAGAAAAUCAGAUGAAAAGAUUCCAAGAGCUCUGGCCAGGUAGUAGAUUAUUUUUUUAAGAAAGUUUUAAGUUGAGAAUAAUAAGACAAAUUCCAGUAGCAAUACAGUUUUUAGGAAUCCAGGGCAAGGCCCUGUUUCGGUUUAUUCUUCACAAGCUCUAGUUUCAAGUUUCAAGAUCAAAGUGUACCAUUCAUGAAUUGCUACUGGAAUUUGUCUUAUUAUUCUCAACUUAAAACUUUCUAAAAACCAAAAGUUUAAAAUCUUUCAAGAAUGUAUAAGUUACUGUUGGAAUGGCAUACAAAAGAUGAACAAACAAAAUCAGUAAUGAUUGAAUGGGCAAAGGAUAGAGGACAUAAUAUUAUGAUGGAAGAUUGGGAAAGGUUAUUGAAAAGUAAUAUGAAAUUUACUGCUUGUAAUGUGUUAAAAGAAAACAUGUAUAAGAUGAUGUAUAGAUGGUAUCUUGCGCCAGUGAAACUGGCGAAGAUAUAUCAUAAAAAGGAUAACAAAUGUUGGAAAUGUAAAAAAUUAGAAGGGACCUUUUACCACAUGUGGUGGACUUGUCCCCGAGUAAAGAGCCGUUCAAACUCGUGCUUUUUCAGAACAGGACAAGCGGGAGCGUGAAUCUUCAGGGAAGUCCAAGUAAUUCUCUUUCUUUCCCGGUUUAACUACUCAUUUAGGAAAAGGGGUUCAGGCAGCCAAUUGUAGAACAGGCAGGAAAAUGCUUCUCAUUGCCUUUGCUUAGCUCCAUAAUAACUUGGGGGGGAGGGGGGGAAUAAUCAUUUCCCCAAGAAAUGUCAGCUAAAAAUAAUAAUUUUGUGAUGCUUCAAAUGUCAGCUGUACAUAGCACCUGUGGAAUGACCGCUUCCUAUUGCUUUCCACCCCCUUUGUUUGUUUGUUUGCCUGUAUGUUUUUACACUGCCAUGCAAAAUACUUUUAAAAUAAUAAUGAUAAUGUUUAAACAAAACUAGAGAACAUUAACUCUGUUCAGAAUUACAGAAAAAGCCCAUCUUUUUAAAGUUCUUGCUUUAAACACACAUACACACACACACACACACACACACACACAAUCAUUUAUUACAAUGGAUGUACAUUUUAUCGAGGAAGAAAAUGAGGGAAGAAUUUAUCAAGACACCUUUUUUUAUUUAAAAAAAGAGAACAUAUUUUAAUUUUCGGCCCUAAUUAUACAGGGCUAAAGACGGGGGGGGGGGAGGUUUUUUUUUGU